AUGCCACGCAUAAAGCCUACGACAAAGAUUGAUGUUAUCGGUAAUUUGGAUUUAAAUCCAGAAAAAGCUGUCGGCGAUUAUAUCGAAUCGAAACAGCAGGAUACAUAUUUUGUAAAACCACCUAAUUGGGAUUCGGCUGGUGACUCAGUUGAAUUACUUUAUAUACGAAAUGAACGUGAGCAUGCGGCUAUGCUGCGUUUGCAGACGGAAAUGUUGGAGAAUUCAAAAAAGCAGCAAGCCAGCAAUGCGAAGCGCAUACGCAAACUUUACAAGAUUCAUAGCAAAUUGCGUAAGCGAUUCAUCGAAGUCAAUAGUUUCAUUAAGGAUUGCGUCGACAAGAAACGUAUCGCGGAGAAAAAGGUCGCCGAGGAGACGGCUCAACAUGAAAUGUUAAGAUCUGUCAUAACGAAAUAUACGCGGAGUAUUGAGGAGUUGUCGAAAUUUCGUGAAGAGUUGAAGGCUACCGUUAAAGAGUUUGAACCUUAUGAAAAGGUAUUACAGGAAGUAGUAGAAAAAUCGGAUAUUUUUCAAUCAGUCAAAGACUGUAUGGAUCGUUGCGAUGCGUUGAUGUUGGCUCAGGUGGAAAUUUCCGCAUUAGAGCAAAGGAAAAUCCAAGAAAUCGAGGAGAUGCGUAAACGUAUGGUUAAGGUGACGAAUGAAGCUGCUCUUACAGUACUGGGUCUUAAAAAUGACUUGGCAGAAUUGGAACGUUCCUAUAAUCAGGCCAGAGCUGAAUGUUCAAAAUGGGAAAAGAUUUUGGCUAAUGCCAAAAAUACUGUAGCCUUACAUGACCUCGAUAAAGAUCGCGCCCUGGAUGGCAUACAUUACAUGUACCGUUUGUUAUGUAAAAGGAGAAAUCGCGAGCCAAUCUUCUAUCGGGUUGAUGUGGAAAAUCAACUCGAUUAUAUCAAGAGCGAGAUUGAAUUGCUGAUUGAAGUACAUAAAGAGUACAUGAAGCGCAACGCGAGAAACAAGAAAUCAGAAUAUUCUUCUGAGAAAGAUAUGGUCAAAUGUUAAGUUGACUUCGCAAACUGAAAAAAAUCUUGUAUUUUUUUUUUUUUCGACAUGAUUUUAUAUUUUUG